AUGGAUCACAGGAUGAACACAACUGAAAAUCUGUUCAGCACGUUCAGUGACUACAAUUACGACGAACAGUAUGUUCCAUGUGAUACACAAUCUGCAAAUGUUUUUGGUGCAACCUUCCUACCAGUCCUGUACUCCCUGGUGUUUCUCUUUGGUCUACCUGGGAACACACUUGUGUUGUGGGUUGUUUUAAAACAUAGACGUCUUACAAAAUUGACAGAUAUUUAUCUUUUCAAUUUGUCGUUAUGUGACUUGCUGUUUGUGAGCACACUUCCUUUCUGGGCAUAUUCUGCUGCAAAUCAAUGGAUUUUUGGAGAAGCCUUUUGCAAGAUUGUUUCUGCUGCUUAUGAGCUGGGCUACAAUGGUGGCACAAUGUUCAUAAUCUUGAUAACUGUAGACCGCUACCUUGCAAUCGUUCACGCUGUAUUCUCGGUCAGGACUAGGACUGUUCGAAAUGGGAUCAUUUCAAGUAUAGUGAUGUGGUGUGUAGCUUUGGUUGUCUCAUCUCCCACAAUAAUAUUUAACAAAAUUGAAAGAGUUGGGGAAAGAUUUGUUUGCCAUACUUUCUUUCCACAGGGCAAUGUUUCAAAUUGGAAACUCUUUAUCCUUUUCAAAUCCAUUGUUUUGGGUUUUUGUGUUCCAUUGGCUUUUAUAGUUUUCUGUUAUACAAGAAUAAUUCAAACCCUGCAUAAAAACAGAAGCUAUAAGAAACACAGGGCUAUAAAAGUUAUAUUUACUGUGGUUAUUGUGUUUCUUGUAUUUUGGACACCAUACAACAUUGUGAUGUUGCUGGAGUCAUUGAGAGAACAGAAUGUUUUAACUGGCUGUGAGUUCCGAAAACGUCUACUGAUUGCCCAGCAAGUAACUGAAUCCAUCACAUUUGUACAUUGCUGUUUAAACCCAGUCAUUUAUGCAUUUCUGGGUGAAAGAUUUCGAUUCUAUCUUUGCAGACUUCUUUACAGUUGUUUGCCUCCAUCACUUAGAUAUAAAGUCAGUGACCAAUCUCCUUUGGCUUCUCGUGUUUUACCUGUUUCUGUCCGCUCACAAUUCUCUGGGGACCAUGACUCCUCCACACUUUUGUAG